ACGCACAUGCCGGAAGCGGCCGAGUGAUGGCUCGGGAGAGGAGCCGGGCAUGAGAGCGGAGGUGAGCUCAGCGGCCCCUGGACGAGGCAUGGCGAAGCUGCGGGGCAUGGACUUCUGGAGGGAGACCCUGAGGGGCGCUCGGCAUGUGCUGGCUCCGAUGGUGGACCAGAGUGAGCUGGCCUGGAGGCUGCUGAGCCGCAGACAUGGGGCUGAGCUCUGCUACACUCCUAUGCUCCAUGCCCAGGUGUUUGUACGAGAUGCCAACUACCGCAAGGAGAACCUGUACUGCGAGGUGUGCCCGGAGGACCGCCCCCUCAUCGCCCAGUUUUGUGCGAACGACCCUGAGGUGUUCCUCCAGGCGGCGCUGCUGGCACAGGAUUAUUGUGAUGCCAUCGACCUGAACCUUGGAUGUCCACAGAUGAUCGCCAAGAGAGGUCACUAUGGAGCCUUUCUGCAAGACGAGUGGGAGCUUCUGGAGAAGAUGAUUCAGCUGGUGCACCAGAAGCUGUCCGUCCCCAUCACUUGUAAAAUCCGCGUCUUUCCCGAGAUUGAAAAAACCGUCACCUAUGCCAAGAUCCUGGAGAAGGCAGGGUGCCAGCUUCUCACAGUUCAUGCUCGCACCAAGGAGCAGAAAGGUCCUCUGACCGGCGUGGCUUCGUGGGAACACAUUAAAGCUAUUAGGAACGCUGUCAGCAUCCCAGUUUUUGCCAAUGGGAACAUCCAGUACCUCAGUGAUGUGAAGCGCUGCAUCGAAGAGACCGGAGUCCAUGGAGUGAUGAGCGCAGAGGGAAAUCUUCACAAUCCAGCCUUGUUUGAAGGGAAGAGCCCCUUUGUGUGGGAGAUGGCGGAGGAAUACUUAGAACUUGCCCAGCAAUACCCAUGCCCUUUGUCUUUUGUGCGGGCACACCUUUUUAAACUUUGGCACCACACGUUGCAGAUUUAUCAAGUGCUACGGGAAGAGCUGGCAAAAGCCAAGUCCUUAGAAGGCAUCAUUAAUGUGAAUAAAGAGCUGAAACUCAGGUGCCAGGAAGAAAUAUCUGCCGUGAAAGAAGGUGCAGCUGUCUCAGGGGAUCUGCCGUUCCCUCACUGGAUUUGCCAACCUUAUGUCCGCCCACCGCCGAAAGAUCUUCUUAAAGAAGAAAAUGGAGUACGAGUUAAGAGAGCACUGGAGGAUGAAGAGGAUGGAAACUGCGAGCAGCUGUCAAAGAACAAACAGAAGAAGAAACUCCGCAAUCCCAACAAAAGCUAUGACCCUUCUGUAAAACCCAAAUAUGCAAAAUGUGACCAGUGUGGGAAUCCCAAGGGCAAUAAGUGCGUGUUCAACCUGUGCCGCGGCUGCUGCAAGAAGAAAGCAUUCAGGGAGUUGGCAGACUGUGCAGGUCACGGGCUGCUUUUUAAAACCAAAUAUGAGAGGUCUCUUCAGUGCAAGGCUGCGCAGGAUGCAGAUGUGCCAGAGACAGAAUCAAAGCUCCCACAGCCGCCCCCUGAGAUCACGGCCUGACCCUGGACUGCUUGACCUCUGCUAGUUCUCGCUCAGGGAAAAGAGUUUACCAUGUGGGUCUGGGAUGGUGAAGGGCACGGUACAGACUCUUUGCACUUCAGACUUUUUAAAGCUUUAAAGGUCCUUUUUUUUUUUUUUUUUUUUUUUUUUUUUUUUUUUUUUCUUCUUCUGACUGGACUGAGGAGGUACCGUCAUUGCCUUUUUAACAUAUGCUGCUACUGGAUUUACAUCCUCUCCUCCUACAGGCUUCAAUCUGGGACGCACGGCGAAGGAACUGGAUUCACAGGGAGACGUUUUAAACUUUUAGACAAAUGUGAAAAAUAAAAACUCCUAUCUGCUUCUA